AUGUCCAUCCCCUCUUCCUCCCGUCCGCUCGAGGGUUGCCACGCCAAAAUCCACUUGAGGCAGCUCGACGGUGGUCGCGGCCACCUCGCGGAGGCGGUGCAAGCUGUCCAGCAUCACGGUGCUGGGGCACUGCACUUCGCCGCCUGGUGCAAGAAGGUGGAAGUGUGCGAGUACCUGGUUGAGGAUGUCCAGGUGGAUGUGGAUGCCGUUGACCAAGCAGGUAAAACACCUCUGGUUUGGGCAAUCACUGCUGAUAAAAGUGGGUACGUGAAUAUUUUCAGGUAUCUUCUUGAUCAUGGUGCCAAUCCAGAUAAUGUCGACAUAAUAGGGUUUACUCCUCUCCAUGAGGCCGCCAAAAUAGGGCAUUGUGAAAUAAUAGAACUCUUGCUCUCUAGAGGUGCUUAUGUCGAUCCAUUUUCUACGGAUCAUGGAACCCCGUUGCAUGUCGCUGCUCAACAUAAGCAGGAUGCAGCCAUGAAGAUUUUGUUGGAUCACCAUACAGAUUGUAACAAGAUACUAGGAUGUUUCUUGUCACCUCUCAAGAUCGCUAUCGAGAGUCACUCAGUGAAAUGUGUGAAACUACUGGUAAAGGCUGGUGCGGGUGUGAAGGGCAUCCGUAAUGUGACCCCCUUGCUUGCUGCUGCAAGACAUGACCUAACUGACGCCCUUAAGUGCCUACUGGAUGCUGGGGCAGAUCCCAAUGUUAAAGAUGAAUUUGGUCACUUGCCAAUACAUUUGGCGGCAUAUUUUGGUACACGCAAAGCCGUCGAGAUCCUAUAUGAAGUUACUUCUUCUCGUAUUCCAGCUAUAGAUGAUUUGAGCGUUGAUGGAAUAAUUAGUCAUGUUAAGGCAGAGCCAAAGUUCGAGGAUCUCCCUUUAUCUAAAAUGUCAGUAGCUGAGUUGAAAGAAGAAGGAGACAAAGCUUUGCAUAAAGAUGAUUACAAUGCGGCAUUAGAAUUCUACAAUGCGGCCAUGAUGCUUGACCUUGAAAAUCUUGAUGCAAUCCUGAUUGGCAAUAGGGGGUAUUGCCGGCUUCUACUGGGUAGAGACGGUGCUUUAAAUGAUGCCCAUAUGUGCAGGAAAAUGCGGCCUGACUGCGCAGACUCAUGCUGGCUGGAAGGCUACUCAUAUUUGCAAGUAAAGGUGAUAAAGAAUCACGAUUUCACACUUAGUUAA